AUGACGUCGACACAGCUGCCGCCGCUCAACCUCGGUGACGGCCUGCGCAUGUCGCUCUUCCCGUCCGACUUUCGCAUCCCCGACAAGCCUGAUGCCUCGGCCGCUCCUGCCGCCAAGGCGCCCGCUGCCGCCUACGUCGAGCUCGACGGCCUCGACACGGAGAGGAAGACGGCGCCGGUCGAGAUGCCCGCGACGCCCGAGCCUCUCAAGCUGCAAACUCACGAGCCGCAGCCGCAGCCUCAGGAACUCCCCGCCGCCGAGCCCCACGUUCCCCCGUCGCCGGCCCCCGCGCCGCCGGCCCAGGCCAUACCCGUCCACCCAAUCCCGUCGCUGCAGGAUGCAUUCACCGAGUCUCUGGACGAGGUCACCAGCGGGACCAUUGUCGCCAAGCCCAAGCUGAGGGAGCUCGAUGCCCCGGCGCGGAGGGACCAGCUCAUUGCCCAGGCCCGCGAUGCAGAGCCCUUUGACAGGGCCUGGCGCUACCGUCCCGGCCAGAAGCAGCACGAGCUGUUUAAGCUCCUCGCGCAAAUCUCGUUUGGCGUCUACCUCAUGCUCAAAGGCAUGGCCAACAGCAACGCCCAGGUCAUCAGCAUCCUGCAGGGUCAUAUUGACGAGAUAGACGAGUUCCUCGAAGUCACGCUCGAGGACCUGAACCAGGCGACAGAGGACCUCAACGGCCGCAUCGAGCAUCUCAAGCUACCCCUGUCCAAUGUCAACGUCUUUGAGGAACUGCUCGAGGAUCGCAACUUUCGCUGCGAAAUCCUUGAGGGCAAUCAGAAAAUCGACCACGUUCUUUCGCGGACGAAUGCGGCCAUGACGCAAUGGGACGAUGACAUCGAUACGGGCCUCCAGUGCACGGCUGCGUUUACGAGCUGGCUGAGCGACGAGACGGAUGAGUCCUUGCGACUCACACGACCGGACGUGGCCGAUGUCAUCGACGCCAUGAAGGGCAACGCCGAGGGGUGGCUCAAUGCGUUUGACGAAAUCAACGACCGCACCCAAGAGGUCAACAACCUCGUUAUUCGGCUGACGACUGUGAUUGCCGAGAUGGAAAAGAAGGCCGGCGAGGUCAGCCGGAGGACUUGGGCUAUGAUUCCUCCAUUUACGGCGCCACACCUCGCUCGCAUCGCACAGAGCCCCAGCAAUUCAACGUCGAUCCCAUCGACAUCAUCCAGACAAUCAGUUGCGAGACCCGCUCAACAGGCGACGCUCAGCAAUUCGACGUCUGUCCCCUCGAUAUCGUCUAGGCAAUCAGUGGUGCGGUCUGUCGCGCCCCCCAGCCUUCGCAGCGCGUCGACAACCAACCUUCGACCCAUGACCAUGGACUACACAGACGCAGAGACGAUUGAGUUUCCCUUGCCUGGCGCCAUCCCCCUGCUGCCCCCGCGGUCGGCAGCCCGUCAGGUCUCCAAGAAGCGCUCCGUCGAGUCCCAUCCCUCCGAGAAGCAGUCCACUCAUUCAUCUGCGACGGCGGAGCCUAGUAGCACCAAAGAGGAUGACCUCCACAGCACGUCAACCGAGGAACCAGAGUCGCUCUACGUGCUUCAGCCUCGAACGUAUACCCCGCAGCCCCCUGAGCCGAUCCCGUCUCCCAUGCUCCGGGAGGCGGCAACCAUCGCUGUCGGGACAGGCAACGCCAAGCCACGCAGCCAUGCGGCCACCCCGAGCAACGGCACCAGCAACACCAACGGCAGCGUCAGCAACCUACCGAGGAAGCAAACUUCCAUUCGCCACCGCGUCGAGCUCAAGACGAACCUGCCCGAUGCGAUCCAUAUCCCACCGAGGUCCUUCACGGAGCCACCGUUGCAUCGCCCCUCAUCCCAGCACGCGACGCCGCGGACGGCGGUUUCACAUCCGUUUGACUCGGCGUACGCGUCAGACGCGGACCGUCGCUCCCGGCGCCAGGGCUCCAACGUGGGCUCCGACAUGAGCAUGUCGCCGCCCGUGCGGCCGCAGACCACCCGCUCGCCUCGCUCCGACCACCAGCAGUACUACCGCCCGGUGCAGGCGUCGCCGCACUCGCCCCUCCAGCAGCGCCCCCACACGGCGGCAGGGCCCCGGGCGUCGCAGUUCCGGCCGCAGCACCUGCGCAACCAGCCCUCGAACCUGGGCGGCAUGAGCAUGCUGAGCAACGUGACGAUGGCGACGUACGACGACCGCGGCUCCGCCGCGUCCUCGGACCGGACGUACAGCGACAGGACGCUCAAGAAGAAGAAGAGCGCCUUUGGCUGGUUCAAGAAGGCGUUUAGCAUGGACGAGGAGGAAAAGGCGGCGUUUAAGGCGCGCCGGGAGAUGGCGCAGCGGGACCGCUACUACGACUCCAAUAGUCCCAAGUUUCUCGACGGGCGGAGGAUCCGAUGA